UGCCAUGGCGGCUGGGGGUCCCCUGCACGAUCUCUGCGAGGAAGCCUCUUGCUCCAUCUGCCUGGACUUCUUCAGGGACCCCGUCAUGAUCGCCGAGUGCGGCCACAACUUCUGCCGAGCCUGCCUCACCCGCAGCUGGGAGGAGCCGUCGGGGGCCGCGGAGCCUUCCUGCCCCCAGUGCAGAGGAAAAGCUCAGCCCAACAGCCUCAGGCCGAACCAGCAACUGGCCAACUUUGUGGAAAUAGCCGAGAGAGUCGCUCUGCAAGAGGCCGGUGCGAAGGGGGGAGUCCGCAAGGAAGGAGUUUGCCAGAAGCACCAGGAGCCCUUGAAGCUCUUCUGCAAGGACGAUGAAGCCCUCAUCUGUGUGGUCUGUGACCGAUCCAAGGAGCACAGAGAUCAUGAAGUCCUUCCUCUUGAGGAGGCCUCCCAAGAGUACAAGGAUCAGUUCUGCAACCGUCUGGAGAUUCUGAAGAAGGAGAGGGAGAGAAUUGUGGCGUAUCAAGGAGAUGCGGAGAAGAAAAGCCAAGACCUGCUCAAACAAACUGAAGAAGAGAAGAAAGCGAUAGUAGCUAAGUUCAGGCAACUGCACACAUUUCUGGAGAAACAAGAGAACUUUUUGCUGGCCCAGAUGAAAAAGGUGGAGAAGGAGGUGGUGAGAAACAGGGAUCAGCAUCUGAACAGAAUCUGUGAGGAGCUCUCUUCUCUGGAAAGCCUCAUCCGGAAGAUGGAGGAGAAAUGUCAGCAGCCGGCCAGUGAUCUCCUGCAGGAUGUCAGAAGCACAUUGCAGAGGUAUGAAGACAAGGAGUCGUUUGAGAAUCCAGUGGCUAUUCCACUUGCACUGAAGCGGCACAUCUGGGACUUCUCAGAUUUAAAUCUCCUUUUGGAGGGCAUCAAGAAGCAACUCAAAGACACUCUGGAUUCUGGACUUCAUCUGCAGAAAGCAAAUGUGACUCUGGAUCCAGACACGGCCCAUCCAUGGCUCAUCCUGUCUGAGGGUCAGAAAAGCGUGCAAAUGGGAGAAAAAGCUCAAACUCUGCCCACCAGUCCGGAGAGAUUUGAGAACUAUAAUGCUGUGCUGGGCUGUGAGGGAUUCACAGGAGGCCGCCAUUUCUGGGAAAUCCUUGUGGGAAGUGAGGAAAGCUGGGCUGUGGGGGUGGCCAGAAAGUCUGUGAGGAGGAAGGGAGAACUCACUUUUAUUCCUGAGGAAGGGAUGUGGGCUGUGGGGAAGUGGGGAGGGAUGCACAGGGUUGGUAUAAAAGCUCACCCUCCCCUGACUGUGAGUGGGGAGCUGAAGAGGAUCCGAGUGUGCCUGAACUAUGCUGGGGGUCGAGUGGCCUUUUUUGAUGCUGACCGAGCAGCCCUUCUCUACGAGUUCUCUGGAGCCUCCUUCCAUGGAGAGACCCUCCUGCCCUUCUUUAGGGUGCAUAAAAAAGGCCGCCUCAAAAUCGAAAGUAGCUCUCUUCGUCUCUCCUCUCGCUUGGCGGAGGCGGCUGCCAUGGCAGCCGGGGAUCCCCUGCACGACCUCUGCGAGGAAGCCUCUUGCUCCAUCUGCCUGGACUAUUUCAACGACCCUGUCAUGAUUGCCGAGUGUGGCCACAGUUUCUGCCGAGGCUGCCUGACCCAGCUGGGGGAGCGGUCGGGGGCCACCGAGCCUGCCUGCCCCCAGUGCAGAGGAAGGGCUCAGCCAAGCAGCCUCCCCCAACAGCAGCUGGCCAACUUUGUGGAAAUAGCCGAGAGAGUCGCUCUGCAAGAGGCCGCAGUGGCAGCUGGAAAAGGGAGAGUUUGCCAGAAGCACCAGGAGCCCCUGAAGCUCUUCUGCAAGGACGAUGAAGCCCUCAUCUGCGUGGUCUGUGACCGAUCCAAGGAGCACAGAGAUCACGAAGUCCUUCCUCUUGAGGAGGCCUCCCAAGAGUACAAGGAUCAGUUCUGCAACUGUCUGGAGAUUCUGAAGAAGGAGAGAGAGAGAAUUGUGGCGUAUAAAGGAGACAUUGAGAGGGAAAGCCAAGACUUGCUUAAACAAACCCAAGGAGAGAAGCAAGAGGCAGUAGCAAAGUUCAGGCAACUGCACAUGUUUCUGGAGGAACAAGAGAAGCUUUUGCUGGCCCAGAUGGAAGAGGUGGAGAUGGAGGUGGCAAAGAAAAGGGACCAGCACCUGGCCGAACUCUCUGAGGCCCUCUCCUCUCUCGAAAGCCUCAUCCGGGAGAUGGAAGAGAAGUGUCAGCUGCCAGCCAGUGAUCUCCUGCAGGAUGCCAGAAGCACCUUGCAGAAGUAUGAAGAAAAGGAGUCAUUUGAGAAUCCAGUGGAUUUUCCACUUGCCCUGAAGUGGCACAUCUGGUACUUCUCAUAUUUCAGUCCCCCUUUGGAGGUCAUCAAGAGGCAAUUCAAAGACACUCUGGAUUCUGGACUUCAUCUGCAGAAAGCAAAUGUGACUCUGGAUCCAGACACAGCCCAUUCAUGGCUCAUCCUGUCUGAGGGUCAGAAAAGCGUGAGAGAAGGAGAAAAACCUCAAGCUCUGCCCAGAGGUCCGGAGAGAUUUGAGAUGUAUACUGCUGUGCUGGGCCGUGAGGGAUUCACAGGAGGCUGCCAUUUCUGGGAAGUCCUUGUGGGAAGUGAGGAAAGCUGGAUUGUGGGGGUGGCCAGAAAGUCUGUGAGGAGGAAGGGAGGCCUCACUUUUACUCCUGAGGAAGGGAUCUGGGCUGUGGGGAAGUGGUCAGGGAUGCACAGGGCUUAUAUAAAAGAACAUUACCCUCCCCUGACUGUGACUGGGGAGCUGAAGAGGAUCCGAGUAUGCCUGAGCUAUGCUGGGGGUCGAGUGGCCUUUUUUGAUGCUGACCGAGCAGCCCUUCUCUAUGAGUUCUCUGGAGCCUCCUUCCGUGGAGAGACUCUCUUGCCCUACUUUUGGGUGUAUAAAAAAGGCCACCUCAAAAUCUCUUCCUAGGACCU